CGGAGGGAUGGGCAGGACGUGAGGAGGGAGCCGGGAACGCCGCCGGGGCAUGGGGGUCUGAGGGAGGCCGGGCAUCACCUCCCUGCCAACAGGCACCAUGGGCUGCUGCUGCAGCUCAGACUAUGAUGAGGACUGGAUCGAGAACAUCGACAUCUGCGAGCACUGCAACUACCCCAUCGAGCCCAACAGCAAGAGCCAGAGGCUGAUCCGCACUGGCUCCGAGGUGCAAGACCCCCUGGUGUCCUACGAGUCCACGUCCCCGCCGUGCUCCCCCAUGCAAGAUAAGCUGGUGGUGGCCCUGUACAACUACGAGCCCAAGCACGACGGGGACCUGGGGCUGCGGAAGGGAGAGAAGCUCCGUGUGCUGCAGGAGGAUGGGGAGUGGUGGAAGGCACAGUCCCUCACCACCGGCCAGGAGGGAUUGAUCCCCUACAACUUCGUGGCCUUGGUGAACAGCCUGGAGCCCGAGCCGUGGUUCUUCAAGAACAUCAGCCGCAAGGACGCCGAGCGGCAGCUCCUGGCGUCGGGCAACACGCACGGCUCCUUCCUCAUCCGCGAGAGCGAGACCUCCAAAGGCUCGUACUCGCUGUCCGUGCGGGACCUGGACGAGGCCCAGGGAGAGACGGUGAAGCACUACAAGAUCCGCAACAUGGACAACGGCGGCUUCUACAUCUCCCCCCGCAUCGCCUUCGGCAGCCUCAGGGAGCUGGUGCAGCACUACACGCGCACCGCCUAA